GGUGGGUGUGUUGCGCUGGAGGAUUCCUACUUCGAUCCCAUAUUUCGGUGCGGUGUAGUCAAUCUAAUUGUAUGUUUUAGGUGAAAAAGUGUCCAUAGAACGUGAAGGAGUGUAUAGGAUGUCUGGCUUUAACGACAAUAUCUUCGGUGGACAGAUUGAUAAUCCAUUUGCGGAUCCGUCAGUUCAACAAGUGGCCCACAACACAACGAACACGCAGCGAGGCCUGGAAGACUACAAUCCCUUUGAGGAUGACAAUCCACCACAGUCCCACCAGCCUCCGCGGCCCGUGCAAAUUGGGCAGCCGGCCAUUGUUCAGCCCACAAAUGAGGCCACCUCGGCCUAUACACAGUACACACAGCCCCAGAUCACCACAGAGGACCUCCAGCGGCGGCAGGAGGAGCUGGAACGAAAGGCUGCCGAACUGGAGAGACGAGAGCGUGAAUUGCGCUCAAAUACAGAACCCGUACGCCGGAACAAUUGGCCACCGUUGCCAGAAAAGUGCUGUUUCCAGCCGUGCUUCUACCAUGAGAUUCAGGUGGACAUCCCGUCAGAGUUCCAAAGAGUCGUCAGACAUUUAUAUUAUGUGUGGAUCAUGUAUGCGGGGGUGAUGUGUGUUAACAUUAUCGGUGCAAUGGUUCUCAUGAUACACGCCAGGGACUUCUCCACUUUCGGUCUGUCCAUCCUCUUUGCAUUCCUCUUCACGCCGGCCUCUUGGCUUUGCUGGUACCGUCCCGCUUACAAGGCUUUCCGCAAUGACUCAAGCUUCAACUUUAUGGUCUUCUUCUUUGUCUACUUCUUCCAAAUGGUUGUCACUAUCAUUCAGACAAUUGGGAUACCUGGCAUGGGGACUUGUGGCUUUAUCAUAGCCCUUGAACAAUUCGAUAGUUCUGUUGGGGGUAUUUUUGUAGGACUCUUCUUGCUGCUCAUUGCUAUUGGCUUUGGUACUUGUGCCGCUGGAGAUGUUAUGAUGCUUACCAAGAUUCAUUCUAUUUAUCGGAGUUCUGGGGCGAGUUUUGCCAAAGCUCAAGCUGAAUUUACCACAGAAUUUAUGCGUAAUCCCCAUGUACAGCAAGCUGCCACGAAUGCUGCAUCAGCUGCUGUUAAUGCUCAGAUGAACAACAGAUAUUGAUAAAGAGCCCGCAUCCCCUUUUUCGCUUUCUCGCCCCCCAAAAAAGCCAGAGUGUCUCAAAUGGAGUUGGAAGAUUGAGGAGACUUUGGGACUUGCAACAGAUAGAGGCAUUAACUACUAGAGGAAAUUGUAACUAUUUUAUUUGCACUGCCCAGUUUUCCUGCAGCAAAGAGAGACAGGGAGAGGAAAUGAAUGGGACAGAUGAUAAAAAAAGGGAUGGUGAGCGAAAGGUGGUGUGAGCAAAAUCAGUCACUGAAUUAUUUAUUGAUUUUUAACUAUACCCCUUCCCCCUUUAUAUACAUAUAAGAAAUCCUUUUUUUUCUUCUUGAUUUUUAUACGUUAUAUAAAAAAAUGUGUAGAGAGUUUACAAGUUUAUUAGAUAGAAGAAGAACCAGUCGAUAAUGAGAUAAUACCUUUUAAGUUUUUUUUCUUCGGGGAAAUUUUCUAGUAAUAUAAAAAUUCUUCUGAUGCUACUAUAAUUGCAAAACUUAUCAUUAAAUGUUCUUAUAGGAAAAAAUCCCAAUCGAUUUUUGUGAAGAUGAUGGAAUCCAAAAAGAAAGAAGUGGAGAGACAUAAAAAAUAUUGAAGCUCUUGUAAACGCGCUAAUGUAAUAAUACAAUUCAGGUAAUUUACUAAGUAUACAGACAUAUUAAAAAAAAAGAAUAUGAAAGUAAAUGAUUGCACGUCCAUAAAAGAAAAUUAAUCCAUUAAAAAGAAAGAUUAAAAAAAUUGAUUUAUCCUCAUGGAAUUUAUCUCUGUGUAAAAAUGAAAAGAAAAUAUGUUUCAUGUGGUAUAAAAAGUACAUAAUCUAUAUGUUGCAAUAAUACUACAGACGAAAAUAACCCUCUUUUAAAUGUUUAUCAGUACAUGAGACAAGAAUAAAUAAAUUUAUCAAUUGA